UUCUAUAUGAUUCUUUUUGUUCGAUUUAUCGAAAAGAUUCAGUAGCUGGUGGCCAUAUUAUUGCCUUGCCGUUGCUCGGAUCAACGAACUGUUCUGUGAUCAAAAAGUCUGACUUUUAUCAAAUUUUGUUUUUAUUACGGAAAAUUAUCUAUCCAAUAAGAAAUAAGAAUGUCGAACGAUGUAAAUAUGCAGUCUGAUAAGCCCGAUGAGGAAGAAAGUCUCGAUAAAGCUGAGGAAGAAGAGGGCGAAUCAUCUGUUGACCUGCAUGCGCAAGAAACCGGCCCUGUUUAUGGUGGUUGUGAAGGACCGAAUGCAAUGUAUGUAAAAUUGGUUAGCAGCGAUGGUCAUGAGUUUAUUGUGAAACGAGAACACGCAUUAACAAGCGGAACAAUCAAAGCUAUGCUUAGUGGACCUGGUCAAUUUGCAGAAAAUGAAGCUAAUGAAGUUAAUUUCCGUGAAAUUCCUUCUCAUGUACUUCAAAAAGUCUGCAUGUAUUUUACUUAUAAAGUUCGUUACACGAAUAGCAGCACAGAAAUCCCAGAGUUUCCGAUUGCACCAGAAAUUGCGUUAGAACUUUUAAUGGCUGGCAAUUUUUUAGAUUGCUAGAUGCAAUACUAAAUCUUACAAUGCUUUAUUUUCAAGUGACAAAUUUGGUUUCUCAAAUUGCUAUUAUUUAUCAUUAAAGCAGUUACACCUUU